AUGGAGACUUCUCUUGAGGUUCUCUUCUGUAAGUAUACCCAGUGCAUUCCUGUGAUCCACAACAUAGCACACCGGGGUUGUGGUCCAGUACGCGAUUUUCGUUAUGUGGACCUUCCACAAAACUACUUCAAACUACAUGACCCAGGAGGUGGGGAACACUUCAAGGUCCUUGCAGCUGGCCUGAAAGCAGCAGAUCGUGUAGUCACUGUAAGCCAUGGUUACGCCUGGGGGCUGAAAAUGUUCAAGCCCAAGAAGCAUCCAGAAAGGCGGAGCAUCCCAAACAACCUCAGAAGUCAGAACGACGGAGGAUUAUCUGCAGGCCUAAUACCGGGCUUCGACGACGACGACGGCCAUCUACCUAGCUUUGGGGGUAUUAGUGGGCGCCAGCUGCAAGAUGAUCCGCCGGGUUAUGGACCAGGCUUUCGCCCUAGAGGCCCAGGUGAGCCAGGCCAUGGACCCUGGAGCGAUGGUCAUGGUGGACCAGACCACGGCCCGGGGCAUGGACCAGAUGGUCCUGGUCCUGGAAAUGGUGGCGGCCCAGGGUUUGGACCGGGUUUUGGAAGAGAUGGACCAUUCCCUGUCGGCCCUGGUGGUGGUUAUAUUUCACCUUAA